AUGAGUGCCACUCUUUCUGUUAUCGAAUUUGUAUGCAACCUGCGUUGGGUGUUGUCGUACGCUGUGCAACGUCUUGAUCCUGUGCUGGAGGCGCACUACGCAAACGUCCUUGAGCGUGCUAGACAGGCCGAACGUGAUGUUUCACGAUCUUAUGCCCCGGUAAAGUCUCUGGCAGAGGUGUCUAGUGAUGCCCUAGCGUUGGCGCAGGAAGGGAUCGUGUACCUGCUCGUGGCUGAGGGUGUACUGGGUCAUUGUCCGCCCACUAUGCACUCCUUCCUGCUGCGCGCGACGACGUCACCUGACUCCGGUGUGAUGAGUACUUCUACGGACGGCAGUGAUGAUUCUAGUUUGUUCCAAUUACAAGGUGCAAGGAACGUGUGCCAGGCUCAUUUCUUGUGCAUCCGCUGGCUUAUUGCGGAAGGGCUUUUGACGGAAGAAGAGUUGCUAGAUUCUCUGGGAGGUAAAGCCGAUGCUUCAGCGCAUGGAGAACAAAGCCUUUUUGAUCUGCACCUUUCUAUAGCAAAAGGCCUUUCUACUGGAUGUUCUUUUGCUCUACAAGCGCAUGUGUUACUCACACGAUCCCUCAUCUUACAUUACUGCUGCUCACUUCUAUCAGUGAAUGAUAUCGUGGCGCACGUCCGGUUUCUGGAUCCCACGUGCAGGGGAACCUUAGAAAGUAUAGAAGACACGACUUUUGUUUUGGAUCUCUCAUCUGCUUAA